AGCUGCCUUCAAUCAAUAACAACCUACCUGAUCUUUGAUAAUGUCCAAGUUUAAUGUUUUGGUGAUCUUCUGGUGUGCCGUGAUGCUGAUGCAGCCUUGGAUGGGGCAGGGCCUGCGCAUCAAGCGCUCGGAUGUCCAGCUGAAUGCUACAGCUGUGGCAUCCACUUCUGGACCAUUGAUGGCAACUCAAGCAGGCAACGGCACAACUUCCGGAACCGCCAAAGCAAUGACAACAGUCGCUAGCACGGCUAAUCCUCCAACUGUGGUCAAAUCAUCCACUCGACAAGAGCCUGCCGUCGACAACGACAAAGCUGGCGCCAUAGAAGGCCUUACAAUCACCACCAUAACACACAGAUCCGAACCCAAAAUCGUGGGGCCAUCGACUGGACUGGUAGACUCUUUACUGUCCGAGCUGACUCGCCCCAAGCGCCGCAUAUCGCUGAUGAAUGACGCCCUAAAGCCUCGUUCGGCUAACCCUCGCCCCAAAUACCGCCCCGCUGCGGCUGUGCUUUCUCUAGGUGACGCCGUUCCUCUGCUGCCGCCCUUUGCGUACUAUAACAAGGUGGUCUCGCCGGAUGGCAAUUUCGAGAUUAAGGACUUCGAGCUGGUGUCCCCCAACAUGGUUACUGAGGACGUGCAGCAGGAACUCGACUCUGAACCGGAAAUGAUGGACCAGGACUUGGCCGGAGUUCUCCUCUUGAACGCCCCCGAAAGCAAACCACACCGCGGCCACAUUAUGACCCCGUCCAAGUACUAUCCGGAGUACGAGUCCUCGAAUGCUCUCCCGCUGAUAUUAGACUUGUUGCAACAACUGAUGCAGCCCGACGCAAUGUUGCAGACAGCCUUAAAGAUGCACAACAGCCACAUGAACUCACCUUUGUCUCAAUUCCUCAACGGCGCCGUGGAGCUGUCGCUGCAGACCAAUCGCGAAACUAUCGACGAAGAGGAUCCUUUGGACCCCGAGAGUGAUGACCAACUGGACAAACCCAAGAACGGCAAACCCAACAAAAUGGAUAAGAAAAGCAAGAAGGACAACAAGAGCAAGCCUCUGGAUGCCUCCAAGAAGGACGACCUCAAGACCAAGGAAGCUACUGCAAUCGCACCCACCCGCAAGGAGGACGAAAUCGUUAUCUCCUGCCCCGUCCACCACGAGCAUCAUGCCAAUCUCAACGGCAAAAUAGUCGACCACGACGUGGUCAUUGUCGAGCAGUGUCAUGUUGUAUAGGUACAUCUCUAGGUCGAGGUAUAGCGGUAGGACAUUAGGUUUAUAGGUAGCAAAGAUUUCGAUUUACGCCUGGGGUGCAACUAAAUUGUUAGGUUUUUCAUUUUUCCUUUAGUCUUUUUUUUUGGGGUUUUUUUUAUUUAGUUUAGGAAUUUUGUCAGUCAGUCAAUUUAUUGAAAUAUUUUUGAAGAUUAUUUUCGGUUUUUUGUAUUAAAACUUUGAAUGCCAACAAAGGUUAUCGGAUACGUGCGUAGAAAGGUAAAAGAAAGAAAAAAAUAAAAGCAACGUACGCAUUCAUUCAAA